AUGACCAGUCUCAAGCGUUCCCAGACGGAGCGCUCUGUAGGGGGCUCAGUGCCAGCUACUGAUGAGUUCUAUACUCGCCGUUUGCGUCUGCCCAAUGGAGGGGCACCACCGCCCCGUAGUGAGAGUGCACAUAUUUCUUCCUCCUCCAAUACUGGCACCAACCCUGGAGUUCCUAAGAUGGGAGUCCGGGCUCGAGUGGCUGACUGGCCCCCUCGAAAAGAUGGUGGAGGAGGAGGCGUAUGGCAUAUCACAGUGGAAACCGACUCACCAAGCUCCACCACCACUACUGUAACAGCCCACAGCAAUUUGUCAGCAAAGCUCGGGCAUCUAAUUAGCCCUCAGGACUCGUCCAUGCUUCGCAAUAUUCAGAACACACUGAAGAACAAAAUGCAAAUGAAGGGAAAGGACAACCGUUUCUUGUCACCCGAUGGCUAUCUUGGGUCACCCCGUAAGGGUAUGAGACGCAUCCGGCAGCGGAGUAACAGUGAUAUAACAAUAAGUGAACUAGAUGUGGAUGGUAAUGAGGGCUGGUCUUUCUCCGGGUGGACACCAAUGCACAGGGAAUAUGGCAGCACUUCAUCCAUAGAUAAACAUGGAGUCUCCGGUGAGAGUUUUUUUGACAUGCUCAAAGGAUAUCAGUCUUCUGAGGCCCCAGAUCAACGAAGUCCUGCACCAGAAAGGUUAACUGAGCUGCUAACUGUUGCGCCUGUGAAACAGACUGCCCUGGAUUUGCCUGAUGGCUCAUUGGGACCACCCAGAGGUAGUCCUGCUAGUCGUCUUAAAGAAAGAGAGAAGCAUUUGAAAAGAAGGUCAAAGUCAGAGACAGGUGGAGAGUCAAUAUUCCGAAAGUUGCGCAGUGUUAAAGUAGAAGGUGACACUUCAAGAGCUGGGUCAGAUGCUGAGGAUGGAGGAAAAGGGGAUGAGAGUUCAACCCCUCCUAAACCUUGGAUGUGCCAGAAAGGCUUUGCCCAUUUUGAUAUCAAUUCUUUACUCUUUGACCUCAAUGAGGUCAUCCAAACCCGACAGUCAGGAGCCAAACGCAAGAACACCACUACUGGUGCCUCAGCUGCUGCUGCUGCUUCUGCUUCAGUCACAUCAUCUCUCUCCUCAAGUCAGAGUGUAGUGUAUGGAUCACCUUGUGGAUCACAAGAGGAACUGAGCAAAGAGGGGAUAGGAGGACAUGGGACUAACCCGGCCUUGGACCCGGGUGAUGAUAAGAGCAAUGACCUUGUGCUCAGCUGCCCAUGUUUCAGGAAUGAGAUUGGUGGAGAGGGUGAGAGAAACAUUGCUCCAGCUAAACAAGGAAGCAUUGGCAGUGGUACGAGCUCAAGCAAUUCUAACAGCAGUCCAGAAGAAGGACCACUGGAGGCUACCCUCACGAGUCAUUUUACCAAUGCUGGUGUAGCAGUCCUGGAGGCCACAAAAGAUGGUCCAAGUCAACAUGCUGACCGGUCCAAGAGAUAUAUUGUGGAGCAUGUUGACCUCGGAGCCUAUUACUAUCGAAAGUACUUUUAUCUCCGAGAACACUGGAACUACCUUGGGUUGGAUGAGAAUUUAGGCCCGGUUGCAGUGAGUCUCAGGAGGGAGAAACUGGAGGAACACAAGGAUCAUGGACAGCAAUAUAAUUAUAGAGUCAUUUUCAGAACGAGUGAGUUAAAUACACUUCGUGGCUCUAUCAUAGAAGAUGCAGUACCUUCCACAUCGAAGCAUGGUUUAGCGAGAGGCCUGCCCCUCAAAGAAGUGUUGGAGUACGUAGUCCCUGAACUGAAUAUUCACUGCCUGCGCCUAGCACUCAACACGCCCAAGGUCACUGAACAGCUGAUGAAGCUUGACGAGCAGGGACUGAGUUUCCAGCGCAAAGUGGGAGUGAUGUACUGCAUGUCAGGCCAGAGCGGAGAAGAAGAAAUGUAUAACAACGAAUCAGCUGGUCCAGCACUGGAGGAGUUUCUUCAUCUUCUCGGGGAGAGGGUUCGACUUAAGGGCUUUUCUAAGUACCGAGCUCAGCUGGAUGCCAAAACUGACUCAACUGGCACUCACUCCUUGUAUACAACUUAUAAGGAUUACGAGAUCAUGUUCCAUGUGUCAACCAUGCUCCCGUAUACACCCAACAAUAAACAGCAACUGCUGCGGAAGCGCCACAUUGGGAAUGAUAUCGUCACCAUUGUAUUCCAGGAACCUGGAGCGCUCCCCUUCACCCCCAAAAACAUCCGUUCACACUUCCAACAUGUGUUUGUGGUUGUCCGGGUACACAAUCCUUGUUCUGACAAUACCUCUUACAGCGUGGCAGUCACCCGCUCUAAAGACAUGCCUUCAUUUGGACCACCUAUCCCAGAGGGGGUGACCUUCCCAAAGUCCUCGGUGUUCCGGGACUUCCUCCUUGCCAAGGUCAUCAAUGCAGAGAAUGCUGCCCACAAGUCUCACAAGUUCCGUGCCAUGGCCACCCGAACACGGCAGGAGUAUCUACGCGACCUGGCCGAGCGGCACACCACUAGCACGCCCAUUGACCCAUCGGGAAAGUUCCCCUUCAUCUCACUGGCCCACAAAAAGAAGGAAAAGAGUCGACCGUAUGCUGGAGCUGAGAUGCGAAGCCUUGGGGCGAUUACCUGGCUUGUCCAUGCAGAGGAUCCUGGGACUGGGGGAGAGAUAGAUGCCAUUCUUGCUAUCUCCAAUGAUUUUCUCAUUCUGUUGGACCAUGAUGCUAAAGCCGUGGUGUUCAACUGUGCCACCAAAGAUGUCAUUGGCUGGACGCUGAGCAGCCCAGCGUCUUUACGGAUUUUCUACGAGCGGGGAGAAAGUGUGUCACUAAGGAGUAUCAGUAAUAACACUGAGGAUUUCAAAGAGGUGAUCAAACGUCUGGAGUUCCUGACGAAAGGCUGCGAUACAUCUGAAAUGACUCUUCGUCGAAAUGGCCUCGGGCAACUUGGUUUCCAUGUAAACUACGAAGGCAUUGUUGCUGAGGUGGAGCCAUAUGGAUAUGCUUGGCAGGCAGGCCUACGCCAGGGAAGUCGCUUGGUAGAAAUCUGCAAGGUUGCGGUCGCAACACUGACUCACGAGCAAAUGAUUGACUUGCUGCGCACCUCCGUGACCGUGCGCGUUUCUAUUAUCCCACCACACGAUGAUGCCACACCACGAAGGGGCUGCUCAGAACUCUAUCGCAUGCCUAUGGCUGACUACAAGAGCAGCAGUAGUGAUAGCGGCUCCUUUGAAUACAAGUUCCCCUUUCGCAGCAACAACAACAAGUGGCAGAGGACAUCCAGUAGCCCCCAGCAGUCACUGACUGCUUCACCACAGCCUCAUACACCCAACAGAGCCAUCAGCCUAGGGAGCUCAGUGGGGAAGACCUUGUCAGCUGAGAGGUUGGAGAGAGGCAUCCCACGCAGUGUCAGCAGUGAUGGACGCCCACUGGACACUAAAAGGGUAUCUCCAGGAAGUGAGAGCUACAGCCUUGUCUCCUCUCUGGCUCUGGGUCGCUCUCCGCACAAUCGCAGCUCUCCCAGCAACCUGUCAUGUUCCAGCGAUGCCUCCGGCAGCUCAGCUCAUUGGAGACAGAAGUCCAUGCCUGAGCAGUUUGCUGGGAGCCGCCACUCUCCGAUGUCCAAUGAGAGACAGAUUGUUGGAGAAGGCGGGUCAAGUGGAAAAUCGAACCAAAAUUGGUCCCGAAUGGAGGAAGGAGUGGGUGAACGAGGGUCAACAGAGGCACCAGUUUCUAAAUCUGGUCAAGGCUACUCUGGAGGACCCCGCAUUCAAAGACAGGAGCAGGUCAUCCACCUGUCCCCAAAGAAAAGCAGUCAGUCGGACGGUCCUUACUCCGGUCACUCCAGCAGUAAUACUCUUUCAAGCACAGCUUCUAGUGGGGGCCACAGUGACAGCGAUAAAUGGUACGAAAUGGGGGCUGGCGGAGGCUCCAGCGGCGACCAAGGUGAGCCGGAGCCCAACGGCUUAGGAGGCGGUGGAUACCUUCAGGGAGCCUCGGCCGACAGUGGCAUUGACACUAGCUCGUACGGAGCCUCGCACCACAACCACCCACAUUCUCACCACGGUAGCACCACCUCACUACUCGCUCCCAGUGGAGGUCGAGAAAGUAGAGAUCGGUCGCCUUGGCACAGCCCUACUGAGGGUGGACGCAGAAUGCUGGAAAGGUCGCCUGCAGCGGCUGAGUCCCCAGUUCCUCCAAUAGAAAGGAGUUUAGAUAGCACUGGUCGAACACCUCCUACUCAUCUCCUUGUGAGAGACAGCAGCACCUUUAGUCUGAGUGAUGGUGGAUCUCACUCAAGGUGGGCCUUUUACAUACACGGUUCCCCCAGGGAAGAAUCCUCAACAACCACCUCUCCAUCAUCCCAGUCCUCGGUGUCCCCGGGACCAAAGAGCUUUUACCCUCGCCAGGGAGCUCAGUCCAAGUACCUGAUCGGCUGGAGGAAACCUGGUUCAACCAUCAAUUCGGUUGAUUUUGGAGACACACGCAAGAAAUCCCCAGGGGAGAGUGGGUUGGAGGGCAUUCCGACGCCAGCAGCCAGGCCCUCUUUAAGGGACAUGCACUCUCCACAACCUCAUGCUAAGUCUACUAUUGAAGAAGAUGUGAAAAGGCACCCUGCUAAGGAUAGCCCUAUCCCAUCCCGCAGAUAUAAAGAAAAGCAUGCCCAAAAAUCCCCACCAAGCCAACCCCCAAGCCGCCGCCGUUCACUCCAUCGCACUCUAUCCGACGAAAGCAUCUACCGCGGUCAGCGCCUUCCCUCUUUGACUGAUUCGAUGAUGGAAGCGGCACUCGGCGCCGACGUUCUCUUUAGCUGCUCCACUCUACCGCGCUCACCCACAACCCGUGGUGUACCCCUUCGGCGGCCCUCCUAUAAGCUGGGAGUCAAACUUCAUGGUGACCUCUCCGCAUCUGACACAUCAUUGGUGGAUUUAGUGGAGCGUCAUCGUGGGCCUCUACCUCAGGAGCUGAUGCCCCUUCCAUCCUCUGAAAGGGACAGCCCACUUGACUGGACACACCUUGUAGAUGUGGCCAACACAUUUGACAAUGAAAGGAACACACACUAUGUCCAGAGAAGUUACGUGUUUGGAGAUUCAAACCACAGAAGCAGUGGUGCCUCCAGUCCUCAGCAGAGCCACAUAGAGCUGCAGCCUGCUCCCAUGUCCCGGCCUGCAUCUAGUGAGGGUCACAUAGGCCUGGAGAGAAAAGUGACCAAGUUAGAGGCAAUGGUGAAGAUGCUCCAAGAGGACCUGAAGAAGGAACGUGAGGAGAAGGUGCGACUUCAGGCUCAGAUCAAGAGGCUGUGGGAGGACAACCAGAGGCUUCAGGAAGAGUCUCAGACCUCCGCUGCGAAGCUCAAGAAGUUCACCGAGUGGGUCUUUAACACCAUCGACAUGAAUUGA